AUGAGUGCAGUGCGGCUGUCGCCUGCAGCAAACCUCCUGCGAAAUUCGAGGCUGUUUGCUCUACCGUCACCUAUUCCGCUACCUACAGCCGACAGAUAUACCGACCAGCCUUCCUCCGACACAGCUACCACUAUCCAUCCAACACGAGCGGCAUUAGAGACACCAAAAACAUCUCUGAAAAGAGGCGACUGGGGGUUGAAGCGUCCGUUGCCCAUAAGAACUACCACCAAAAGUGGUACUCCAACUUUCAGGAUACGAGGAGGCAUCGAUACACCUGAGCAUAUUGCCGAUUUCGAAUCAGCCGCCGACCAUGUCAUAAAUCUACGGAAGUUCCAAGAGCUGGACUUACGAGUCACACUCCCAGACGAUAAGGGAAGGGGGAGACGCGACAACGUCAGUCCCUUUGCUCCAGCGCUCGACAAUACGACUGCAGAUGCCCUUCCCGAAAUUGAACAACAAGACGAGUCAACCGCCUGGCUCAGCGCCGACAAGGCGCAACGUGUAGCCAAACUCCCGGCUCACCUGAAAGCCAGCCUUGAGCAGUUUGAGCAGUCUGAGGCUGAGAAGCGUGUUCAAUCCGACUCUGUCGCGGACUCGAUCUUUGAGGACGAGGCAUCUAUGAGAUUUGGAGCAGAACUCAUAGAUGACCCGAAUUCGACUAACCCGGCAAAGCGAAGAUGGCGCUACACUGGUCCAUACUUGGCCGGGAUCACAGAAUUUGAGUUUGAUAACUUCUUGAAUACAAUCACACCAGAAAAGAAAGCUGCAUUCCGAGAUCUCGUAAAGCAACAUCUUACAGAACGGCGACUUUCAGAGCAGCGUUCCACGGCGUUGGAUGAAGGCUCCGCGGAAGAGUUAUCCCAGCAGACUCCUGCUGAGAUAACCGAGGAAGAUAUCACCGGGCACCUCCGGGACCUAAGAUCAGAGCCGGGCCAAUUCGGACCCUUGAUUGCGAGCUUCUUUGAUCUCGCAGAUGGACCCCAGCCAGAGCUUGGCAACAAGGAUCCUUGGUCGUACGGACGGGACACGAUCACCGCAUAUCGAUACAAGCAGACGGGUCCUCCUAGGACACAUCCGUCGGCUGGUCUAUCUUAUCAAUACUCUGGCAGGUUUGUCCUCAAUGAUGCCAGAAACGGUCCGUUGGCAGGCCGGCAGCCAGCUGCUGGCAGGGUCUUGCAAUCAAGUGCCAUGAGUGACACCCAGAAUAAGCCUCACUUGGGUGUGGCUGGAUUCGUUGUCAGUAACCCGAACAGAGUGGACGUUGGCAAUCUCAAAUGGGAACCCGUGCCAGGUGGACCGAAAUGCGUCGUCCAGCCUGAGGCCGCCAUUGUCACGCAGACUGGGAAGCUUGAUAUCCAGGCCUCUGUAAAGACUAAUUGGCAUCUCAAAAACAAUAUCCCUCAGGCAGACUCUGAUCUGCGACAAACCCGAGAGCAAGUCUCUGCAGCGGCAAGAUCUAAUUCUUUGCGGACACCCCUCCUUCGAAGAGGUCGAGGCCGAGGAGGGCGAGUCAAGAUUGACGCAGACCUUGUGGACGAGAUGGAUCGCUUGACUCAGUCUGCAUCUCAGAGCUAUGAUCCAGACCGGCGUUCCUAG